AUGAACAAUCAAGUUGUAGUGCUUGGGCUUGAGAAAGAUGAAAUCAACAUUCCAGAAAUUACAGAUGCGAAUUCUGUCUAUGAGGAUGAAGUUUGUGUUGUUCAAAUGAAGACCAGCCAUCAGGUAUAUACACUGCUGAAGAAACUAGAAGGCAUCGAGGGGGUCAGAGCAUAUUCAUUGAGUGAGUUUUAUGGAACAAUAGCAGUAAAAGAUAAGGAAUAUGCACCGUUGAAAAGGUUUGAAAAGAAGGAGUUUGUUGAGUUCCAGUUUUCAGGCGACGAGCAGUUUAUUGUGCGUUGUAACAAUGAAUUUUCUGUGUAUGACCAGCAAAGCAAGCAGAUGACGAUUAUAAACAAAUUUAAAAUGAACGGAAAAUGUAAAGCAAGCGAUGAUGGCAUCUUUGUUGGUAUUUUCCAGUCGAAUUCCGUUGAAAUACGUGCAGGUCAGCGUCUUUAUGUGUUUAGUAUAUUACACACUGAUGGCGAUGUGAUGAAAAUUACAUUUAGUCAGUGUAGCAGAUACCUAGGUGUAUACACAACAAAGGGUGUUGAGUUAUGGAAUGUGAUGAAAAGUAAGUGCAUACUAAAGACAGGAUAUGAAGUAAAAAAUGAGCAUGGAAUUAACAGCGUGGUGUUUGAUGAGGGGAUGAUGUACCUUGCAGGAAGCAAAAUAGUUUUUUCGCUUAAUCUUGAAAGAGAGGUUGAGCCAAGUGAUAAAUAUGAAAAUAUAAAGAGUGUAUUGCAAGAAAGAAAUCAGAUAGUGUCAUUCAGUGACGGAAGAGUACAAAGGAUAGUGUAUAAGAUGGAAGAGUAUAAAUUCACAAAGACACAUGCAAACAUUGAUGAGAUCAGGUUCAUCUUUGCAAAAAACAGAUGCUUUGCACUUAUAGCUAAGACCAUAAACAAGGUGUGGAUAUACUUUGUCGAGUCUUAUGGACGAGAUGGAAUAACACAGACACAACUAACAGGAAAGAUUGAACAGAUUGCUGCAUCUGAUGGGUUUUUUGUAGCAGUCAACUCUGAGAAUGUAGUUUUUUUCUACAGUCGAACAAAAUUUGGAUUCAAGCUUAUGAAGGAAGUUAGAAAAGAAGAUGGCGUUAUUGUUGCAUUGCAGGAUAAUAUAUGCUGCUUGUACGACAUGGACUCGGGAAACAUUGAGUUUUACGACAACAGUGAACUAAGAAGCACAUACACUCACCAUCAGUGUACCGAAAUAGUGUGGUCACAAAGCGGACUCUAUGUGUGUUCGUUUUCAACAGGCAACUGCUCAAGCGGACUAGUACAGGUUUUCAACCGAAAUGGAAAGCUUCUUUGGAAAAAGGUGUUCAAUGGACUCAUGUUGUUUAUCUGGAGGCCAUUUAUGCCUAUUAGUGAGGAUGAGAAAGCAAAGGCGCUUAGUGAGUUUUCAGGAGAAAUCUCAGAUGAGAUUGACAACGAUGGGGAAGGCGCAAACAAGGAAGAGCUUCUUUCACGAUGGAAGAACUAUCUGUUGUCCAAAAAGCAUAUGGCAGCUAUGUCUAAGUAA